UUAAGCCAUAGAGGAUUGUAUUAAUAAGUCAAACGAUUUGUACCCUUGUGUGAACACUGACGUACGACUUGUCGUAGAAACAUUGCAUUUGACAUCUCAUGGUUAUGAACCGGACUAAUUUUUUUAAUAAUGUUUUGCUUUAGUAUUCCGAAGCCGUUUUUGCGUGUCUAAUGGGAUGCAUCAACAGUACAAAAAAAUUAGGCGAUUUAAAAAGCGAAAACGUUUUUCGUGCUGUGAGACUUCACUCCGAAGUGGCAGAUCAAGGACGCACAGGAUAUCUGGAAUUAACACCAAGGGAGCUUAUAUUUCGUACGGGGUCUAAUCAACGUGUUGUAUGGGCUUUGCAACAUCUACGCAGAUAUGGGCUUAAUGGCGAUGUAUUCUCAUUUGAAGCAGGGCGUCGUUGUAUCACAGGCCCUGGCAUUUAUACUUUUCGUUGUCAACGAGCGGAGCAAUUGUAUCAUAUAUUUCAAACUUAUAUAAAUGCAGUUUCACUUGUGACAGACGAUGCAUUUACAUUUAGCGAGCGGGAGCGUGAUCAUCCAUCACAUACAGUGGGUAGACCAGAAACUGUUCAAAGUGCAAAUAACUAUUUAGAACCUGCACCGUUAGUAAGUUCAGGGGCUGCAGUGUCGAUUUUACAGCGUUCUCGAGUGCUUCGGGAUUCAUUCAGUAGUAGUCCACUAAGUUUGGACUCGCCAGAUUCAGUUCCAAGUUUAUCAUUUGCCACAAGCGAAGUAGUUCAUAUUCAAAGUCCACGUUUUCCUCCUGGUCUCGGAAUGUAUGUGAAUACCCCGAAUACAUCUAUGCCAGUUCCCAAUAGCAAUGUGUACUCGGAAUACCCCUUGCGGUCGCACGUAGAACAUAACAAUAAUUUAUCAAACGCGUCCAAUGGUGUAUUUAAUACUUUAGUUCGAAAAAAUUUGGUGAAGCACUCUUCUCUAGAUAUUCCACCAGAUGAAUUUGCGCCUAUGCUUACACCACCAUCAGAUGCAUUACACAUGUAUGCCAACGUUGAUAGCUGUUCACUUGCUGCCAAUAAUUUUGGUUUUGGUGGCAUAGCAGGAAUGCGGAAUCUGAUACGAGAUCAAGAACGCUGUUAUGAAAAUCUAAAUAGUGAAGAGCUGAAGUUAAUCCUACCAAAGCAAAAUUUGUCGUCUUCAACGCCCGGAAGGAGUCAUAGUGGAAUAGAUAUUCCCUGUGAUCCUCAAUUAAAGCAAACGAAAUCAGCAGGAACAAAUGCAGUCAAUUAUAUUGUUCUUGAUUUAGACCAACCUCGAAGUCCCACACAAUGUUCCCCCAAACUACAAGUUGGAAGUGGUCUUUCCUUAACUGCCGUUGAUGGCGCUGAUGGAAGUAUAAAAUUGGCUUCAAAAACAGAAUCACUUACUGAUUCAACACACACUAGUGUAACUUCAACGACUAAUCCAAUGGCCAUUACGACAGCAACGAUUACAAACGUGACAAAUACAACGAAACAAAAUAGUGGUAGUGUUGAGCAAUUGGAAAAUAAAGAAGAAUCUACGCUUGGUUACUCGACUAUAGAUUUUAUAAAGACUUGUGCACUUAUUAAAUCAUCAACUCACGGUGCAGAUUUUGAUGCGGAACCAGGCAAUGAAGAAAGCAGAAUAACCCGGCAUAGUAAAUGUGUGCGAAAAGCUUACUCUAUUAGUGAAUAGGAAAAAUUGGUACUUUCUCAGCGCUUUAAUAUUGCGAGAACACGUUUCGUGAUUUAAAAAAGGUACGUUCUGGAUUUGUUGUGUUAAUAAGUAUGUACAAUUAAAUAAUUCACAUUUCAUUGUUCGCCUUGUUUAAAAAUUUUACACUUGUAUUUCGAAAUUUUGUGCAUUUUUAAGGAAAUUUUUCGGUUCAUAAAUGUACUAAACUUAUGAACUAAAUUAUUACGAUUGGGCGAUAUAAAAAAAAUUAAUUAUUAUUUAAAUAGAAAAAAUCAAAGCUUAUUGAAUGCGUUGCUGUCUCAUUUGUUUCAAAAAUUCGUUUGUAGACAAGAUAUUUGAGCAUUUAUAAGAACAACAAAAGUAAUGUAGCCAAAUUUUGCAUUACCAAUGGUUUCUUAUUUAUUCUUUCAACCGGCGAAAUGCAGCGUGAAUUGUCCUCUUUGGAACUUUCUUGCUUUUAUGUGCGUAUACAUGCAUAUAUGUAUAAUCCAUGAACAUGUCAAUGUAUAUAAUCUAAAUAUUUUCAUAUUGCAGUACAGUGUACCAGCAUUUAGUACAACAAUAUACAUAGUUAUAAGAAACCUAAAGUUGAUUUGGAAUUCGUUUAGAGAUUUUUAAUAUACAUAUACAUAUGUAUGACGACACCGAGUGUCUGUAUUUAUCACAUACAGAGCAGAAAUAAAGGUAUACUGGAUGUACAUUUUUUAUUAAUCUGCAUACAUAUAAAGAGUAAUUGAAUGGGUAACUUGUUUUAAUAAUUUUUUCAACACUAAACUAAUGUUAUCGUAUUGAUGCAAUUGUUCAAUUGAUUUUUUAUCUUAGGUAUCUAUUUAUAGUGUUUAAAAUUUUUAUUAUGUACUUAAGCCAGAUUUUGUUAUAUUUUUUAUUUUUCAAAAACUUGAAAAAUUUGUACUUAAAUUGUUAUUUUUUCCAUAUUGUUUUCAUUCAUUACAAACGGUGCAUCUAUAUACAUAUAUUUAAAAGCUGUGUUUUAUUAGCUGUAGUAGCAAAAAUGCCAAAGUACUCAUAAAAUACAUUAAAAUUUAUCAUAAAUUUGUUACGGAUGUAUUUUUAUUGCCGAAAGAAAUACAUUUGCAAAAACAAUGUAUGUAUGUAUAUGAAUAUCACUGAAUGUAUUUAAGAAAAAAAUAAUAAAAAAUGUA